AUGGCAUCAUCUUCAAGUGCUCGCCGAAGACUCUUAUGUGGUCCUGAGGACCCCUCCGUAUUAUAUUUUCAGAGACAACACGUCUCUAACAAUAUAUGGGCAGGAGUACCAUCAGAAGACGUACGCUGCAGAAGAUACGAAGGAAUCAUAUGGGAUGUUCCCAUACAUCCUCGUGUUUUGGCGGUAAUAGAUGAGAUGGGGUUCGGCGGGAUAUUGAGGUGUGUCGGUGAAGCGACAGUGACAUUAGAAGACGUGGAGGUCUUAUGGGGCCUCAAAGUUGACGGUGAUGCUCUGACGGGUUAUAUCCCCACUAAGGAUGUCAACUAUUGGAAGACAGUUUCUCUGGAUUUUCUUGGCUUUAUUCCAGAUGCAGUUGAUCUGAAAGAAAUGACCUGGAAGCAGACAAGUUUAUCAAAUCAACUGAGGAUUGAGUUGAGUGAUGACCACGGCCAGUACAUAUACGUUCAACGUGCUCGUGUUUAUUGUCUGUUGUUACUUGGUGGUCUGUUGAUCCCGAACGCCUCCGGUAAUAAAAUUUCAUUCUUCUACCUUCAAUUUUUCAUGGAUGUAGAACGAUGUGCUAGCUAUAGUUGGGGUGGUGCGACUCUUGCCUGCUUGUACCACAAUCUAUGCGAAGCUGCACUUGCUAAGAGGACCGAUGUCGGGGGAGCUCUUACUUUGUUACAGCUGUGGGCUUGGGAGAGAAUCCCAAUUAUUAGACCGAAGAUGCUAAAUCCCGUGCCUAUAGACGACGUACCAUGUGCAAUCGCGUAA